GGUGUCUGGUGUGCUUUUACGAUGUUUUGGCACUAGUUUGAUGAUUCAGACCUCGACCUCGACCCAGCAAGGAGAAGCUCGAUCGUGUCGAUACUCUAUCGUUAGAGCUCGAGCUCUAGCUCGCAAUUGUCUCUCACGAAGGCUAUUAAGCAUCUGCGAAUCUAGAAGGGAGUCUGUCUUGUAGUUCAAUCGCGACUCAGGGUUUAUUGCUAGGUUUUGACUCGAGAGGUGUGUACAAUCAGGCUCGAGAGUGGUCAAUUUCCUUGGGAUCAGGGCCGAUUUCGUAAUUGUAGCCUCGAUCGUGCAGCGCGAGGAGGAGGAGGAGGAGGAGGAGGAGGAGGUGGUUCUAGAACUUCGAAGAGGAAACGAUUUUUGCUCUGAGUUUGGCUGUGGGAAUUGUCACCCGCAGCAACUCACGUUUGUCUUACUUGCUUUCCAGUACGUGCAAUGGGCUAAGAGAUAUAUUCGGAGUUGACUUUAACAUGUGAAUCUAGGAUGAGUUUUCAUUGGAUUUGAAAAGGGAGUUGAAGAUGUCACGUCCUAUGGCUCUGGUUCUGGUGUUACUGGUGCUCGUUCUGACCAGUCAAUCAGACUGGAAACAGGAAGGAACUGUUGAUAAUUACGAUAAUUACUCCUCUACUGUCAGUAAACAAGAAGUGGCUUUCAUCAACCUUGAAGUAGUGAGGAAAGAGAUCAUUUUGAUGCAGGAGAAGGAAAUAUACGAUCUGAACCUGCAGAUUAAGAGCUUGAAAGAGCAGCUGAAGAAAUGUCAGUUUGAGGUUCCAAGUAACUCCAGCAGCAAGGUAGCGGAUUCGGAGCGACAAUCACACACGCGAUCAGCUCGCAGAGACGAGUUGGACGAGCCUGUUGUAGAAAAAUCUGCAAAACUACGAGGGAGUAGCACGAAUUCCAGAAGCAACGACUUCCCUGAACGUCCGUCUGAGUUAUCAGCAACGAUUGAUGCCUUAGAAAUAGGUGAUGACGACGAGGAGAAGAUUGGGGACAGGUAGACAACUGUCGGUUAAAUAGUUUUGCAGAUUUCGGCUUGCCUUGAAGGUGGAAUUAAGUCCUGGGUUUCAUCAGUGGUCUUUGUAACAUAGAUGUACCGAACACUUCUGGUUGUCAAUGACGUACGCUGGUACUUAACACAGAUGUUUUCAGAAUACUGUGGUUGUCUUUUCAAUAGCAUGGUAACCCAGCCUUCGAGUAGUUUUUUUUUU